UUCGUGUAUGUGUUCAUUAAAUAUCGAUAAAAUUUUAAUUUACUACAAGCAAAAUGCAUGAUUUUUCGUAUGACUUUGACUCCGUUACGCCUGAUUUGUGGAUGGCUAAUGAAGAAAACUGGAAAAACAAAUUAUCAAAACUUGAUAAUUGGUAUCAGAUACCUCUAUUGAAUUCUAAUGCUUCACACAAUUUGUCUGAUGGUAGACUAGUUCGAUUUCGAGGUAUGGUGCAGGAUAUGCAUAACCCCGAGUUUUACUUUGAAAAAUUUGAAGUUUACAAUACAGCUACUAAUGAAGUCAAAGUAAAAUCUGGAAAAUAUUGUGAUACAGCUCAUAUACUGGAAAAUGAAAAGAUUAAUUAUACAGAAAACUUAAAAAGUGCACAAAGACAGGCUAUGGUGGUUAUUUCUCUACCUGGUCUAAGUGACUGGGCACAAGAAAUAGAGAAUAGUCGGAACCAUUUGACAUAUUUAAAUGACCAACCAAAUACCACAAAGAGACUGGGCUUGACAAAUAUAAAAUUCAAAAGAAGCUACGAUGAGGCUGAAGAUGAUCCUGAGGAUAUGGAAGUUGUAGAUAAUGUUUGUGGAAAUAAAGAACUUAAGACAUCGGAAAAAAUUGAUGAUGGGAGUAAAGUGGUAUCCAGAGAGCAUUUAUUAAACUUUCCGUUACCUGAUGUUCCAAGUAAAUCAUGCAUUGUUAAGAUAUACGAUGAAUCAGAAAAUCUAAAAUUAAAUGAUAUGAUAGAAGUGAUAGGAUUUUUAUCUGUUGAUCCUUCACUGUCCGGUGAGUUCCAACAGGAAAAUAACUCAUUCUUGGAACCAGAGAGUGAAACAGAUGCUGAGACAAUAACACACAAUCCUCCACCGAGUUUAGUUCCACGGCUACAUGCUGUUGUUGUGAAGAAACUUGACCACUGUAAUCCGUUGUUAACAGAUACUUUUGAUCAAGCAAAAGUAUUACAAGAAGCAAGUUCAGCGAGAGAGCAUCUUUUAAAAGCUUUAACAGAAUUAUUGCUUGGAGAUGAAUUGGCGGCUGAAUAUUUGAUAUGUCACCUUAUUGCGUCUGUAUACCUAAGACAAGAUACUCUUGCACUUGGACAGUUUUGUUUGAAUCUGUCAAAUUUACCAACAAAAAAAUAUCCAAACUAUGCAAAACAAUUGUAUGAUAUUAUAAAACAAUUUGUUACCAAAAGUUACUAUCUGCCUCUCACAAUUGACAACUUAAAUACCAUGGCUCUGUUACCUAAAAAGGACUAUGAUUGUAAUAGAUUAACAAGUGGUAUUUUACAAUUAAGUAAGCACACACAUUUAGUACUAGACGAGACUAAAAUGGAACAAGGACGCCUGGACUCGACAGGAGUUGGAAAUAUAACUGCACUUGGAAAUAUGAUCACGACACAGAAAGUUGAAUACGACUUUAAAUAUUAUAAGAUGGAAUUUGAUUCGGAUAUUAAAGUUUUAUUGCUGUCUGAAGGAAAGUCGCUGUUGCCGAGUGAUUAUCACAUUCCCCUGAGACCUGAAGAGUCAUGUCUAGAAAUAUUUGAUGCAAUAGUCGAAGCUGCAACUUAUUAUUUGAAGGAAGAAAUUAUGAAUACAAUCAGAAAAUAUUUAACCAAUUUGAAACUUGUCAAAUAUACUGUCAGUGAAGAUUUAAAGUUUGUGGAAGACGAUUUUAUAGAAAUGCGUAAAGCGGACUCCGACAAUCCAUUCAGUGCGGAUGAUUUGCACCGACAUCUUGUGUUGGCCAGACUUGUCAGUCUCUCCCGAGGUUAUGACACAUUGACUAAAGAUUGUUGGGACAUCACUCGGAAGAUGGAAAGUGAAAGACUGGAACGUUUGAAAAAUAGAAUCGCCCCCACAUUGUAAUUUUUAAGAAUAAAUGUUGCUUUUUUA